AUGUUGGAUCCUAGAAACUUUAGUUUUAUUGGUUUAAUUCCGGAUGAAAUGUUGGAAAAGGUUCCUCUUGACAACGCCAUUAUGAGGAAGUAUCAGAAGUUACCCCCUUCUGGUGUUCGACCAAUGCUUGCUGAACUGAGGCAGUUGAUUGAUGAAAUCAACAAACCCAAGCGUGGUGGUAAAAGGAAGGCAAAAGCUGCUCCUUUCGAAAGUGUCAGAGUUCCGAAGAAUACUAUGAAGCCCGCAAAGAAACCGAGAUCUCUAUCUACAAUAUUUCAAGAAGAAUCGGAAAAAAGAACUCGUACUGAAGUUCACGAUAAUGAUACACUCCGAAAUGAGGAAGAGGAUACAACUUCAACUUUAAAACCCACCCCUACUGAGAGUAUUUUGAAGGUAUCUUCUCCACCGUCUUCCUCUAUUCCAACUUUUGAUAUUUUGGAAACAUUCUAA